ACUGGGAGUGCAUCUGUCAGGUACCUAUUGACGGCGGUCGAAAUAGACCGGGAGAGACCGGGAAAUAUCGAGAGGAGACCCCCUACAUUCGGAAUACUUGGCCUAACCCGAGAAGUUGCGAUUGUUAUUGCGAGGUAUGACAAAGAUGUUCAGUGAAGUUAAAUUGUAAACUAGAGAAUGUCAGGAGUGUUUAAUUACCAGACAAUGGAUACCCCAGACCCAAGAGGUUCUGGAGAUGCUGGUGUUUCUGGACAUAGAAGUAUGGGUAAUGGACGUAAUGGGAAUGGUAGAAUGUCACCCUCAUCACCACUCAAACUGUUUGGCCAAGCAAAGAAGAAUAUAAAUGAAAUAUACAAAGAUGUACUUGAUUUUCUGAGUGAAGCAGAAACAUUUGUAGAAGGUAUAGAAACAUCUAGGUAUUUGGAAGGUGUGCAGUGCCAGGAACAUGUAAAACAGUGUAGAGAAAGGGUCUGCAGUAUAAUGGAGGUGUUAUCCAGGGAUCAUAUGAAAGUUGUCUUCUUUGGAAGAACAUCAAAUGGGAAAAGUACAACAAUAAAUGCUAUGCUGCGUGAAAAAAUAUUGCCAACAGGAAUAGGACAUACAACUAACUGUUUCCUGCAAGUGGAGGGUUCAGAUUCUCAUGAGGGUUACCUCCUUACUGAGGAAGAGCCAGAUAAACCAAAAAGUGUACAGUCAAUCAAACAGUUGGCCAGUGCUCUGAGCAAUGUCAAAUUGAAGGAAAAUUCAUUGAUCAGAAUAUUAUGGCCAAAAAACAAAUGUCGAUUGCUGAGGGAGGAUGUUGUACUAGUAGACAGCCCUGGGAUUGAUGUAACUCCAGAUUUAGAUCUUUGGAUUGACAAGUUCUGUCUUGAUGCUGAUGUUUUUGUUCUUGUCUCUAAUGCUGAAUCUACUUUGAUGCAGACGGAAAAGAAUUUUUUUCACAAAGUCAGUGCAAAAUUGUCGAAGCCAAAUUUAUUUAUUCUGCAAAAUCGCUGGGAUAUAUCUGCAUUUGAAGAUGAUGUUGAUGAAGUAAAACAGCAACAUUUAGAUCGUAACCUAGAGUUUUUGUGUGAGGAAUUAUCCUUGAUGGACCAUAAAGAGGGACUUGAGAGAGUAUUCUUUGUUUCCUCUCGGGAGGCUUUAGCAGCAAGACUGAAAGAGAGUGGAACACCAACACCAACUGGUGUCAUGCAAGAAGGCUUUCAAGAGAGGUUAUUCACAUUUGCAAAUUUUGAAAGAGUAUUUGAGGAGUGUAUAUCUAAGUCUGCAGUGCGUACCAAGUUUGAGCAGCAUACAAACAGAGGAAAAAGUAUUAUAACAGAUUUAAGAAAACUGAUGGAAGAUUUAUUAAAGAAAAGUCAGGAACAAAUGGGUGAUACCAAGAAGACACGUAGAGAAAUGGCAGAUGAGCUAGACUACAUGGAAAAGCAACUAAUGUUACUUACUGCAGAGAUCAAAGAUAAAAUAAAAAGCAUAGUAGAAGAUAUUGAGAGAAAGGUUGCUAGCACUCUAAAUGAUGAGAUAAAAAGACUAGCUAUACUUGUUGAUGAGUUUGAAAGACCUUUUCAUUCAGAUCAAACUUCACUCAAUAUUUAUAAAAAGGAAUUGCAUUUGUAUUUAGAGCAGUGUAUAUGCCGGAACUUGGUUGGUCGUUGCUCUGGUGAAAUUCGUAGACAUAAGGACCAGACAGAUGACUAUAUGAUUGAGAGAUUGUCAGCAUUGUUACCAGAGGAGGCCCAGCAACAGGUUCAUACUGUGCUUCCUAAAAGAGAUGAAUUUGAAAUUGCUUACAGACUUGACUGCCGUAAUCUCUGUUCAGAGUUCCAGGAAGAUAUCUCCUUCCAUUUUACUCUAGGACCAAUGAAUCUCUUUCGUAAACUGAUGGGAAGUAAUAAGUUUGGUAUUGCAAGGCAGCCAUAUCACUAUGAUGCUAUACCACGGAGCAUACCAAUGACACCUCAGGAACCACGUAAUUUUCCACCCCAGCAAGAUAAUGAUGCCUUAUUUGCAUUGCUCACAGUUGGUAAAAAUAUAGGUCAGAGAUCAGCAAUAGCAGUACUUGUUAUUGGAGGAGUGAUAUAUAAAGCAGUUGGAUGGAAGGUCCUAGCUGUUGUAGGAGGAAUGUAUACAGCUGUAUAUUGCUAUGAACGCUUAACUUGGACUAACAAAGCUAAGGAAAGGGCAUUCAAAUCACAGUAUGUUGACUAUGCUAGCAGUAAACUGAGACUCAUAGUGGACCUCACCAGUUCUAACUGUAGUCACCAAGUUCAGCAGGAAUUAACAUCAACAUUUGCCAGGUUGUGUAAUCAGGCAGACAUUACAAAAUCUAAACUAGAAGAUGAGAUCAAACAGAAAGAUGUUAUAAUAUCCCAGCUUGGGAUAACAGCUUCAAAAUCUAAAACAUAUAGGAAUAAGGCAGACUGGUUGGAUAAAGCUCUUGACACAUUCAAAGAAUCUUUUUUAACAGUAACUUAAUGUGAUGAGAGUAUUGGAAUGAUCAAGUUCAAAUGUUAAAUGUAGAACAGAUGAAUUUGUUUUAUGAAACAUUUAAUUAUACAAGUGAAAAAUGUUGGCAUAUAAUGUUAUGCGUCUGAAAGUCUGUUAGCAGAUUUUGUGAAUGAUUUGUAUCUUUUGAACUGAUAGAACGGAUUGAAACUACUUGGCAGAAAUGUUAACCAUAAAGAAAAGUUGUGCAGAGCGCAGGUUUGACUUCUCAAUGUAUGAAACUACAAUCUCUAGAGCUUGAAUAUUUUUAUUUACCUUUACAAAACAUGAAUCAUGCUCUUUGGUAUAAUAGCGGUCACAUGAUUAUAUAUAGACUUUUAUAAAAAGAACACAUCUGAGACUAACUUUUAGAAACCACCAUGCCCAGAUAUUUAGCAUGUAACAUCACUUUGUGGACCACAGAAUAAGUGGUAUUAAUCAUGAUCCUUGGGUCAGUUUUGCCCGUGCCCUGGUGGUAACUUGGUUCAAUUUUUUUUUUUUUGUAGGAAAACACAUUCAACUCUUGUUUUGAUGAAACUGCAAUGCACAGACUUUAGAUAUUGAACAUGUAACAUUGCCUUGUUGGCCUCAACAAAAGAGAUAUUAAUUAUGCCCCUUGGGUCGAUGUUGAUUCCUCCACUCGGGCCACUUAGUCAAUAUAGCUUGUAUGAGAAAACACAUUUCAGUUUAACCCUUUACCUCAUAUAUACGCGAAACAACACACUUUCGACCCCUCCCCUCCACCCCCCUCUUUUAGGCCUCAUAUAGUGAAAAAAAUGUCCUGUUUGGGCCCCAAAAACAUGUUUUCGUUGGAGAAAUGUUGAUAAAAAAAGUGAUCACUUUUUCGGCACCGCCCCCCAUAAAAAAGAUGCAUCAGGGGGUUGCUAGAAGGGGAAUGUACCUCCUUCUGUUUUUGGGGUUUGGAAGGGGGGCAGCAGUCCCCCUCAUCGCCAAGAAAAUUUUGGACUUGUGAGAGGCUAAAAAUGACCCCAGGUCAAUCAUAAGGUAAUGUGUAACCAACGCUUAAAAGCCUUUGACUCUAUCUGAAUCCAUUGAGAAGUUGCAGCACUUUGAAAUCAAUUUUGAUGGAAAAAAAUCUACGCAAAAUAGUGAUUUUUGGCCAUGUUGAGAUGUCUUCUUGUUGCCAUGGCAACAGGAAAUUUAAGACUGAGCAUGUUGUUACAAAGGCAAUGGUCCAGUCAACAUUUGUGCCAAGUAUUGAAGUUUAUAGUUUUAUAGCAAUUUUGAUGUUAAUCAUGUCCCUGAGAUCAAAAUUGGCCUACCCUGUGGUCACUUGAUAAUAGGAAAACACAUUUAUGUCUAAUUGUGUGAAACUGGUGUGAAACUACAAAGCUUAGAUAUAUAGCAUCAGUUUGUGGAUUUCUACAAAAGUUAUAUUUAUCAUGACCCUCAAGUCAAAAUUGGCCCUGUCACGAGACACAUCUUACCUUUUUAUAGACAAAUACUAUGCCUCUAUAUUUGGCAUAUGGCGUUAUGUAGUAGUCCUUUAUAAAUGUUUCAUGAAUCAGGGUUAAAAAUGCCUCAACCUUGGGGGUCAUAUAGUAUCAAAGGGAUAAUUAAGAUAAAACAAUUCAAAUAAGUUUCUUUAUUGCGUCUCUACCAAUUUGAUUACUCAUACAAAUAUACAUUCGAGUGUAUAUAACCCCGCCUUGGUGGUGCUCUUGUUUGUAGUGGGUGACAGCAGUGAAAUGAUGCUAUUUGAAAGAUGAUUUAAAAAUGGAUUUACUUUUUAGCUCACCUGUCACAAAGUGACAUGGUGAGCUUUUGUGAUCGCUUUUCGUCCGGCGUCCGUCAGCACUACUGAAUAGGGAUAUGGGGCUAUCUAACUGUUAACAGAACAAAAGAGAACAAUAGAGUUCAUUCCGUAACAAUGGAGUAAGGGGCCAUCCGGCCUCUAUUUAACACAAGAAAAAAACAAAAGAAAUGGCCCCUUAUUCCAUUCCAGUAAACUUUUACUUUAAACGACAUCUCAGCCAGUUUCAUCCCAACUUCCCAGGAAUGUACUUUUGGUACUCAACUUAAAAAAUUUUUAAGAAUUUAAUUCCAUGCAGAAAAAUCUUCUUUUAAAAAAUCUAAAGAGCUUAAAUCUUCGGCAUGAAACAUUGUCAGUCAGUGUCUACCAAGUUUGUUCAAAUAAAUGCCCCAGGAUCAAAAUUGGCCCCGCCCGGGGGAUCAUUUCUCCUAAAGUAUAAAAAGCUAUGGACUUGAAACUUCAUAGGAUGAUAGAUCUCAUUAAGAAGAAGUGCAGUGCACAAGAACCAGUACUCUGCAUUUCUUAUUUUUUGAGUUAUUGCACUUUGUUAAUUUUCAUACUUUUUUUUGUCCAGGCCAUUUCUCCUCAAGUAUAAAAGCUAUAAACAUGAAACUUCAUAGGAUGAUAGAUCUCAUUAAGAAGAAGUGCAGUGCACAAGAACCCGUACUCUGCAUUUCUUAUUUUUUGAGUUAUUGCACUUUGUUAAUUUUCAUACUUUUUUUUUCCCUUGCCAUUUCUCCUUAAGUAUAAAAGCUAUAAACAUGAAACUACAUAGGAUGAUAGAUCUCAUUAGGAAGAAGUGCAGUGCGCAAGAACUGGUACUCUGCAUUUCUUAUUUUUUGAGUUAUUGCACUUUGUUAAUUUACAUACUUAAUUUUUGUCCAGGCCACUUCUCCUAAAGUAUAAAAGCUAUGGACAUGAAACUUCAUAGGAUAAUAGGUCUCAUUAAGAAGAAGUGCAGUGCAUAAGAAAUGGUACUCUGCAUUUCUUAUUUUUUGAGUUUUUGCCCUUUGUUAAUUUUCUUGCUUUAUUAUACCAACACCACAAAAUGUGGGGGGGGGGGGCUAUAAUGGAUUCGCUUUGUCGCGUCCGUUGGUCGGUCAGUCGGUCCGUCUCCAUUUUCGUGUCCGCUCUAAAAAUCCUAUACCAAUUGAAGGAUUUUCUUCAAACUUGGCUCAAAUGUUCACCUCAACAAGGGGAUGUGCAGAACCCAUGUUGCCCAUGUGUCAGCUCAAGGUCAAGGUCACAAUUGAAGGUCAAAUAUCAAACAAUCAAAUAUUAGACAGUAUGCCAUGUCCGCUCUGUUAGUCCUACACUAAUGGAAAGAUUUACAUUAAACUUGGCUCAAAUGUUCACCUCAACAAGGGAAUGUGCAGAACCCAUGUUGCCCAUGUGUCAGCUCAAGGUCAAUGUCACAAUUAAAGGUCAAAUAUCAAACAAUCAAAUAUCAGACAGUAUGUCGUGUCCGCUCUGUAUGUCUUACACUAAUUCAAAGAUUUUCUUCAAACUUGACUCAAAUGUUCACCUCAACAAGGGGAUGUGCAGAACCCAUGUUGCCCAUGUGUCAGCUCAAGGUCAAGGUCACAAAUGAAGGUCAAACAAUCAAAUAUUAGACAGUAUGUUGUGUCUGCUCUGUAUGUCCUAUACUAAUUGAAAGAUCUUUUUCAAUCUUGGCGCAAAUGUUCACCUCAACAAGGUUAUGUGCAGAACCCAUGUCACCUUUUUGCCGGCUUAAGAUCAAGGUCACACUUAAAGGUCAAAAAUUGAUACUUUUUUCCUAUAUGUGUAUAGUAAAAACUUAAAAAAUCUUCUUUUAAAAAUCCCAAAGAGCUAGAGCUUAGAUAUUUAUCAUGAAACAUCUUCUAAUGGUUGUCUACCAAGUUUGUUCAAAUAAAAGCCCUUGGGUUAAAAUUGGUCCUGCCCUGGGGGCCUAUAUACCGGUGAGCGAUUUCAGGGCCAUCAUGGCCCUCUUGUUCAACAUGUUGUUGAUAACAUUGUUUAAAGUGAUAUUAUGCUCAUUUUUGUUGUUGGGUUAAACUGAAUUGGCUGUAUCUUAAAAAAUGAUUAACUUAUAUAUUGGUCAUUGACCAAAAAUUGAAAUUAUGAAAAAUGUUAAAAAUAUAUAACUGCCUUUAUUUAAAGGCUGCUCUUUUUAUCAAUUAAAUAUAGGAUACGUACUGAAGGAUAUUUAUGGAAAUUUCUGCAAGUCACAUGGAUUAUUGUUUAUACAUGAAAUUGAAGACAAUUAGGGCAAAAUUUCAUUUUUGAACUGUACACCCACCAUGUAAUUGGGCAUUAUGUCACUUUAAUUAUUAUAAACUGCACUUGUAUAACAAGUAUAACAUAAGACAAUGUUUAAAUUUUUUUUAAUGAAAUUCAGCAUUUGAGAAUAAAAUGUAGUUGUUGUAAUAUUAUAAUUUUAUGUUAUAACUAUAGUCUAAAGAUAUGAUUCAACAUAUAUUUUACAUGUAAACAUACAUUCAUGUGUACAUGUAUAUAAUAAUUGAAUGUUUAAUGUCUGUGUGCUUCCAUAGACCUGAUUCUUAUCUUUUAAGUACUUGUUGCACUAAUGAAUGCAUACUAUAACACUUAUUUAUACAAAUGCUUGGUAAUUUUAUUUGCCAUAUCAUAGUUAGCUCUUCAAAAUAUAUGGGGAGCUAUGUAUUUGUUCAUUCUGGCUUUGUGUCUGUGUCCACAUCCAAAUUUCUAAAAUUUCUGAAUAAAGUUAUUUGUUCAGUAAAA